CUAUAAGAGAAUGAUCCUUUGGCUCAUUUCCCUAUCAUGCAUUAUUGAAGAGCGCCUUUCUCUCCCUCCCUCAGCCGACGACAGCAGCCAGCACAAAACAGAGAUAGAGAUAGAAAACGAGAAAGCCCGUUGGUUCUAAUUUUCCCGGUUAAGCAAACGAAGAGAGAAAAAGAGAAUGGUUGCUUUGGUUUCUCGCACCGGAAGGCAUUUGCAGCGUUACAUCAAAGGGCGUCGCCAAGUGGUUGGAUGCAUACCUUAUAGAUACAGAAUCACGAAUCAGGGCUCCUUGGAGGAUGGGGAAGCACUGGAAGUUCUUCUCAUUAGUUCACAGAAGGGCAAAAGCAUGUUGUUCCCAAAGGGAGGUUGGGAAACGGAUGAGUCCAAAACGGAGGCAGCUUUGCGAGAAACGGUGGAGGAAGCUGGGGUUACGGGCAUUGUUGAGAGUGAACUGGGUAAAUGGAGUUUCAAGAGCAAAAGGAACGACACUUAUUGUGAAGCAUUCAUGUUCCCUUUGCUGGUGAAGGAAGAGCUAGAGCUGUGGCCAGAGAAGAACGUGCGUGAAAGAAAAUGGGUGAGCGUGGCGGAGGCAAGAGAAGUGUGUCAGCAUUGGUGGAUGAAAGAAGCCUUGGAUAGAUUUGUUCGCCGUCUCACAUUUCUUCAACAAGAGGAAGAUUUAGGAUUAGGACCUUGUUCGCUAAGCUUGGAGCCCAAAUUUAACUUGUAAAUAGGAAAUGAACUCUCAGUUUCUAAUCAAACAGAUUGUAUUUGCUGUUUUAUGGCGAUAUUUUUUUUCUCCUGUUAA